AUGGCGGCGCCGGCCCCUGGAAGCCCACCGACACCUGCGCCUGACGGGUGGCAGUCUGCCAUCGAUGCGGCGAAGCCUGCGGUGGUGUCGCUGCAGGUCACUGCCGUCCGAAGCUUCGCGGACGACACGCCGGGCGCGCACGAGGGCACGGGCUUCGUCGUCGACGCGGAGCGCGGCCUGGUGCUCACCAACCGCCACGUCUGCACCUGCGGCCCGGCGCGCGCCACGGCCACGUUCGUGGGGCACCCGUCCAUGGAGGAGCUGCCAGUGGAGGUGGUCUACGUGGACCCGGGGCACGACUUCGCCCUCCUGCGAUUCGAUCCCCGCCGCCUGCGGAGCACUCCGCGGGCAGAGAUCCCUCUGGACCCCGCGGGCUGCCGCGUGGGGGAGGAGAUCCGCGUGGUGGGCAACGACAGCAUGGAGAAGCUCCAGAUACUUGCUGGCACCAUCGCUCGGGUGGACCGCAACGUCCCCGAGCUGGACGGGGACUACCAGGACGAGAACACCUUCUACAUACUGGCAGGCUCGGGCUCUCGCGGCGGCUCCAGCGGCUCUCCGGUCAUCAGCCAGCUGGGGCGCGCCGUGGCGCUGAACGCGGCGGCGAAGUGCAACACUUGCCGCCGAACGAUGCACGCCCUCUUCCUGCCCCUCCACCGCGUCCUGCGCGCGCUGGAGCUCGUCCAGGCAGGCGCGCCGGCGCCGCGCGGGACGCUGUGCGCGGCGUUCCUGUACGCGUCCUUCCCCGAGUGCGUGCGCCUGGGCGUGCCCGAGGCCUUCGUGCAGUCCGCGGUGCUCGGGGGCGGCGGCGCGCCGCCGCAGGGCGGCACGUUCUCGCAGGGCUGCCCGCCGGGCGGCAUGCUGAAGGUGCAGCGGUGCGUCCCGGGCAGCGCUGCGGCGGCGGCCUUGAAGCCAGGGGACGUGCUGCUGGAGCUGGGCGGGCGUCCCUGCGCAGACUUCGUGCUGCUGGAGCAGGUCCUCGACGAGGCCGUCGGGAAGCUGGUCAGGGUGGCCGUGUGCCGCGGUGGCGAGCGCCUCGAGCUCGAGCUUACCGUGCAAGAUUUCCAUGCCAUCAUCCCGCACGCGUUCCUUGAGAUGGGCCUCGGGGUGUUUCACGAGGUGCCGUACCAGACAGCAAACACCACAUACCUCUGA